AUGUGCAUUGGGCUAGACGUUCGUGGGAAUGUUAAUUUAUCUUUCAAAGCCACUUUACCUAGGCCAGGAUCAAAGACAAAUGCUUCAGUUGCUGCACAAGAAGCACCUAAAGUCUGGGAUCCCAUUGAUAAUGUGCACGAGAAAAAAUAUCAAGAUGACAAGCCUUUAAACACUGGGGCCUCCUUGUUAUUAGGAACAUCUGGAGUUUUUAUCCGAAGUGCUGUUGAGUGUGAGGAGGAGGAAAAAUAUGCUGUCAAAACGUCUCCAGUUGAGAAUAAUGCUAAUUUUGUAAGAGAAGAUGAAGAUGAGAGCACUACCGGUAAAGCAGCAGCUGAGCCCACCUUGACUGCAAAGAAACUAAAGCUUGGAACAGAAAUGACAGCUAAGGUCCAUCAAGUUCGUGCUCGCGGAUUAGUCCUUGAUUUGGGUGGUGGUAUUCGUGGAAUGUAUCGAUUUGAGGUUGGCUUUCGGAGAGACUUCGAAGUUGGCAAGGAGGUUAAAGUAAAAUGCUCCAGUUUCACAGCCAAGGGGAUCCCUGUAGUGUCAUUGGUUGAAGAGGAGAAGUCCUAAGCUUUCAAUCCAGUGCAAGAAUCAAGCUUGGCAAGGUGAAUGUCAAUAACCUGGCACGUCUGUUUCUUCCAAAUUUGUGAGGAAUCUGUGGAAUAGAGAGCGUUGAAGAUCAUAUCAUCAGGUGGCUAUUUCACUUCAUUUCGACUAAGCUUAUUAGACAUGGCCCCAUUUCAGCAUGUUGCACUUUGCCAAUAAUGUUUAGUGCUACACAGCGUAAAAUUUUGAGUUGGCAGGCAUUGUUUUUAAACUGCGGUGAUAAUGUAAAUUUUGGUUCCCUUUUAUGUGAGUUCUCUUUCCUAUGAAUAUUGUCAUGAUGACAGAACCUCAAUAGAAAUAUCAAGAAUUUGGUUCUGAUAGGAAUA